CUCUCUAUAUAAUGGAUUCCCUAUAUAGUGGACAUUUUUUUAAGAUUUAUUUUUACUUAUACAUUACAAGACUCCCUAUGUUAAAUCUACACCCUUCUUUGAAAGAAGUCGUUAUUAGUGGGAUGGAGGUAAAAUGGAGGUCUAAAAAAAAUGGAGGUCUACCUGUAUUUAAAAAAUUAACAAAAAAAUCUUUUCAGUCAAUGCUAACAGUCUUUGCUUUCGGGGCAUUCUUCACCUUCUAUAGAGACUCCCCAAGAAUACACAGAAAUGUUUCACGCAAAGAACUUUGUAAAAUAGAAAAAGGAAAGCCCCCAUCAGAGGCCGGGCCAGUUGCUCGUAAUGGAGAAAUACCUUAUGCUGCUAUGUUUCGUGAUCCAGCAGUCUGGGCAAUUUUCUUUUGUGCUAUGGGGUCUACUUUUGGUUUUCACAUUUUUAUGCAAUAUGGGCCUGUUUAUUUAAAUCAAAUUAUUAAAUUUGAUGUUCAACGUACAGGAUUUGCAAUGGCACUUCCUUGUAUUUUAUCUGUACUUGUUAAACUUGUUGUUGGUUCACUUAGCGAUAGGGCUAGUUGUCUAUCAGAACGUUCCCGCGUUUUACUAUUUGCUUCACUUUCACAAUUUUUAGUAGCUAUUUGUUUCUGUACAUUAGCAUUAUUACCUCAAAACUCCCCGCCUAUUCUUUUUCAAUGUUUCUUUACUACUGUGCCUGUUGUUUGUGGGCUUAAUUGUGCUGGGCUUGGGAAAAGUACACAAUUGAUUUCCCGUCAAUUCGCUCAUGUCGUUACUUCAUUUAGCGUUUUUGCCUGUUCUUCAAUAAUUAUUUUAAUUCCAAUUUUGGUUAGCUUUUUAGCUCCAGAUAACCGUCCAGAACAAUGGACUAGAAUAUUUAUUAUUGUUGCUGUUGUAGUAGUCUGUUGUGUUGUAUUUUUUGAUUGUACAGCAGAAGCAUCUCCUAGACCGUGGACUUUUACAAAAAAGCAGAAAAUAUCAGAAUAUAAAAAUAUUUCAAUAAAUAAUAUUGAAAAACAAAAAUUAAAAGAAAAAAUUGGAGAAGAAAAUAAACAAAAUAAAGUGAAAAAAUGAUUUUAAAUAAUAACAAUGAAAAUACAUAAACAAUUGCAAAAUAUUUUUAAAAAA